CCCGCUGCAAGCAAGAUGUGGAAUCUGGAUUUGAAAAAGUUGGUGGCCAUGCUGCUGGCCAUAAUUACGGUCUCGCUGGUCUCCACCAUAAUGUUGGGCAAGAGCAUUCACACACAAGAAGAGUUUGUUGAAACAACAAUCGCCGGCGAGGACUCCGAAAUAUUUGUGAUGAGCCAAGCGGAUUUGGAUGUGCUCAAGGUGGAUCGUAAAUUUGAUUUUGGUUUACCGCUGCAGGGCGGUCCGCGCAGGGACUGGCACGAUCGUGGGGCCAUGAAGGCGGAUAAUGCAAAGUCUGGGCUGGGCGAGCAAGGGUUGUCCGCGAAAGUUAUCGAAACGGAUGCGGGCACCCUGCAGGAACAUGGAUACAAUGCGCUGCUCUCCGAUAGAAUAUCAGUGAAUCGCUCCAUCGCGGACACACGACCCUUUCGGUGCUACUCCCGCAAGUACUUGGCAAAGUUGCCCACAGUCACCGUCAUCAUGGUCUUCCACAACACGCACCUGAGUGUGCUGCUGCGGUCCCUUCACAGCAUCAUCAAUCGCACGCCACACGAACUUUUGCAUGAGAUUAUACUCGUAGAUGAUGGGAGUACGGAUACGGAAUUAAAACAGAAGCUUGAGGGUUAUGUACAGCAGCAUAUGGGGAGAAAAGUAAUCAUUAAAAGGCAACCAGUGAGGACUGGCGUGGCUGUGGCCCGCGUGGCGGGUGUCAAGUCAGCCACUGGCAGCGUGCUCGUCUUCUGUGACGCCCUCAUUGAGGUUGUCUACAAUUGGCUUCCUCCCUUGCUCGAGCCCAUAGCCCUGCACCACAAAAUCGUCACCAGUCCCAUUCUGGAUAAAAUCGAUGCCACGGACUUUGCCUUCAAGAGGCGCGAUCCCAUGCUGUGGCGCGGUGGCUUCAAUUGGCACUUGAGCUACAAUCAGCUGCCGGUGCUGCCGGAGGACAACAAGAGCGACGCACAGCCCUAUCGCACGCCUGUGAUGGAUGGCAGGGUGUUUGCCAUUUCCCACAACUACUUCCUGGAGCUGGGCGGCCACGAUGAGGGGCUGGACACGGGUGGCGGGGAGCAGUUCGAGCUGAGCUUCAAGAUUUGGAUGUGCGGUGGCAUGCUGCUGCAGGUGCCCUGCUCCCGAGUGGCGCACAUAGACAUGCCAGCCAAUGAAGAGCAAACAGAUCAAAGUGCCAGGAACUUCAAGCGCGUGGCUGAGGUCUGGAUGGAUGGCUACAGACACUAUUUGUACGCGCAGAACCCCAUCAAGUACCAGCUCAGUGCCGGGAAUCUCACGCAACAGAAGAAACGCCGCGCGCAGCUCGAGUGCAAGAGCUUCAACUGGUUUCUGCACAAAGUGGCCCCGGACUUCCUCGAGCGGUUCCCGCCCGUGGAGGAGAGCCAGCUGGGGGCCUAUGGCUCGGGCGCCAUCCAGAGCGUGGCCUUCGCCGGCCACUGCAUCGAUGCUUGGACCGAACACAGCCGAAUGCCGGUGGGCAUGCGGAAGUGUAGCGCAAAUCUGACGCAUCCACGGGCCACGCAGUUCUGGCGGCUGACGCGUGACCUGGAGAUUGUUUGCAUGAGGAACUUGCAGUGCCUGCAGGUGCGUGGAGCGGCGCCCAAUGCCACCGUGUGGCUGGACUACUGCCACAAGGGGGACAGCCAGGUGUGGUACUACAGCAGCCACAGCAAGUGGCUGCAGCAGAGCAACCAAAUGAACCGCUGCCUGGAGGCCUUUAUGGAUGGCGGCGGAAAAGCCUUCAUACGCGUCAAUCACUGCUUUCCCGAGAGUAAGAGCCAGCGCUGGCAGAUCGGCUGGACCAAUCGUUACAUGGAUAAUCGUUUUCGUACCAAUAGCACGUUGAAAAAACGCAAAUUUCUCAAUUUGCUUAUAUGAAAUUUACAAAUUGCAACAAAUAAACUGCUUAUCGAUAGGUAGAAUA